GCUGGUGAAUGUCUCUGACUUGGACAUCGUGAAGACCAUAGACUGGAUAGCGAUCACAGUAGCCAGCGGAGAGAGAGAGAAGAGAGCCUAUUGGAGACCUUGGAAAGUCAGAGGGGCUCUCAAGGGCAUCAGUUGGCGGGCAUGGCGGCGGAGAGCCGUCAGGCCCCCUUUGAUGGGCCAUGGGUCAAACGAGCGAAGGGCAUGGAUGAGUGGUUACAACAGCACAAAGUCGUCGCAUCCGCAACAACGGCUUCGCUCGUAUCCACCUUUACAGGCUUCCCACUCGACUCGCUCAAGUCUCGACUGCAGAGCUCGAGGGAGAACUUUCCGCUCCAUCGACUAGCCUCAGAGGUCAUUAGGGAGGAAGGUGUGGGAGGAUUGUGGCGAGGGUUUCCGCUACCACUACUCACCAUAUCAAUUGUUCGGACAGUCUCCUUUACCAUCUACACAUCCACCAAGCGGAUCCUCAAUUCUGAGCCAGAUCUCACAGGUGGGACUGCAUCACUCAUCAACCCGGCAACUCCAUCUUCAUCAUCGUCCCGAGCUCAGACGCCGUGGGUGGACGUACAUCUUGGUGUCUUCAAUCGCGACACCGCUGCGGAUGUCGCCACCACCAGUAUGAUCGCAGGCGGGGCUAGUGGUGCUGUCGUCUGCAUAGGCAGUGCUCCCUUCGAGCUUGUAAAGGUCCGUCGCCAACUGGAAUAUCAAAUUUAUCGAGAAUCCCACCCUGCCGCUUUCCCUCAAGCCCCAGCUCAUGUGCCACCACCGAAUCUGUCCUUGUCCCAUCACCCGUCCGGCACCUCCGCAUCUCCAUCCACUCAUCUCCCCGACGUGGCAAAACCAAUAGCCGGCCCUUCUACAGUUCCUCGGCCGCCUCCGUUUGUCCCGCCUACGACUCUUCAAGCGGUUCGGAUGAUUAUCGAUACUGCCGGUCCAGGAGGACUGUACACUGGUUGGAGGCUCCAUUUCCUGAGAGACACACUUGGAACUGCACUCUACUUCGCAGAGUACGAUGUGAUGCGUUGGUUUCUUGGCCGAAAGAGGGUCUCGUAUGGUCCAGGGAAAGGCAAAGGAAGAGACGAAGAACAGGGAGACGUUCCGGAAUGGGCGAGGAGUUGGUUACCGAAAGGCCUGAUCCCGUUCAUGUGUGGAAGUGUUGCUGGAGUGACGAGUUGGGCAGUGAUCUACCCGGUGGAUGCAAUAAAGACUAAAGCUCAACUUCGAGCCCUGUCCGGACUGCCCCGCCGUACACCGUUGCAUCAGUUCCUCCGCAUGGUUCGUGGACCCGACAAAGACAAUCCGAAACCAUUGAUCACAGGCAUUGCAAGAUUAUACCGGGGGCUCGGGGUGUCUAUGGCUCGAUCUAUGCUCACACAUGGUUUGCUGUGGACUAUCGUUGACCUCGCAAGCGGAUACAUCGACACAAGGCCAUGUGAACGACUGGCGGAAUCUUGGUCGGCUUGAGAACCGUGUCCACUUGCGUAGACUUAGAAAACUUAGACACACACACAUCUCCCUGUAGCACAAAAUGCUGUAAUGCAC